AUGUGCAGCUAUCUAAAACUAAAGUACCCUCACCACAGCGCAGUGCUCGCACUGUACAGAGCUCCGCCCAGCUCGUCUUUGGGUAUGGAAGAUUUGAAUGCGUCAACCGUCGAAAUGUUCCUGAAUGGAGGUGUAGGCAACAGUAAUGGCGGUUGGUAUAAUGCCAUAAAGAAUCGACAUCAGCUGUGGCCAAACGGUCGCAUUCCGUAUACGAUUAGCAGUCAGUACAGUAGCUACAGCCGUUCCCAGAUAGCGGCAUCAAUGCAGGAGUAUUCCCUUCACACUUGUAUUAAAUGGGUACCGAAAACGAACAGCGACGUCAAUUAUAUCUAUAUUUUUCCCGACAGGGGAUGUUACUCUAUGGUUGGCAAAAUAGGUAAGUCAUAA